AUGUACGGCGCAUCUGCUGGAUCGACCAAGAACCGGCGCGCCGCCCGCUUCGGUGCCUUCCAACCAACCCUGCGGCCGCCUGUAAUCCACCGGCGUCCGAGGGACGACGCAGAGGCGCAAAGGCUAUACAACCACGUACGGACAGUCGCAUUCUACCUCGACGCAGCGCCCGUGCUGUCUGACCUCGGACUGCCGUUCCGCGCCGGCCUCGACGAUAUCAUAUCGCUCGUGCCGCUUUAUGGCGACCUGGUGUCUGGUAUCAUGCAGCUGUACCAGGUUUGGCUGGCUUGGAUCUUUGGCGUCCCUGUUGCCGUGUGUGUGCGCAUGAUCAUCAACGUCCUCCUCGACAUCGUGGUCGGCAUCAUCCCGAUAAUCGGCGACAUCCUCGACAACCUCUGGAAGGCCAACCUGCGCAACCUCGCCCUCCUCGAGGACUGGCUCCUCACAGCGCCAGAGUACCACAUCCUCCUCAUGCCUGACAGCAACACAUACCUUCCCGAGCCGCGCAAGCCAGGAGGACGCUGGAACGCGUGGUUCGGCCCCACUGGCAAACGCGAGGCCGAGGACGAGCGUGAGCGCGAGCGAACGACGGGCAAGGUGCGGCGUACACGCCGAAUGGCGCGUGAUGAGGGCGAGUACGCCUUUGGCAGGGCGCCGAACGGGACGGCGCCAGACGUCGCACCGGAGCCUCUUGACUAG